ACUACCUUUUUAUUUAUGCUAUAUUGGAAAGAGACUUUAUUUGUGCUACAUGACUACUCAUAUUGAUAAAGGCAAUGAUGGCAACAGCGUCUCUGACGUGGUAGCUAUUGUAUUUGGUUUUAUUGGUGGUAUUACAUCAGGAGCAAUUGUAUGGCCGGUGUUAAUGUUGCUGUAUGGUUAUGUUGGUGGGGUAUUAUUAGGUGCAUGUGUCGCUGGUAUGUCCGGAGUAGCUAUUCAAGAUAGUUUGUUACAAACAGAUCGAAAUCUGAGGUCUCUGAUUCCUUUAACUACCUUUCUAUUUUUACCCUUCCUGUUGCCUCUGAUUUUAGGACCUGUGAAUUUUGAACAGGAGAAAUUAUGAAUAAAUCAUUUACAAAAAAUGCAUUUUAUAUGGGACAUUAAAAGGAAACGGUUCGGAUUUCUGAUGAACAAUUAUUUUGAAUUAUCCCAUUUUAUAUUCGUAUAAGAAAUAUACAGGUAUUAGUUUGAUUAUCUGAAAGUUCUUUAUCUUUUAAAAUAUUUCAACGCGAUAUUAACUUAGGACAACAUAAACUUUACACAAAAGCAAA